GGUCCUGUCGGGGUCAGGGGUCACGCUGCACAUUUCCGCACAUGGAUCUGAGCAGAUUUAUGGAGCCGUGACAAAGGUUUGCGUUUGACAGCUCCCUGCACGUCUAAGUCAGAAUGCACUGUCCAGGCUGAGCAGAACAUGAGGGAGUGGUGGCUUCACGUGGGACUCCUGUGUCUCCCCCUGGUGGCCGUGUACCUGCACAUCCCCCCUCCGCAGCUCUCCCCCGCCCUCAACAAGUGGCACUCGGCCGGGGAGCACUUCCACUUCAGAGGACACAAGGUUUUCUACAGAGAUUCAUCUGGAGCUUUGGGGAGUUCAGACGUCGUCAUUCUGCUGCACGGUUUCCCCACGUCCAGCUACGACUGGAUCAAGAUCUGGGAGCCUCUGAAUCAGCGUUUCCACAGAGUCAUCGCUUUGGACUUUCUGGGAUUUGGCUUCAGUGACAAACCUCGGCCACAUAAAUACUCCAUCUUCGAGCAGGCCAGUCUGGUGGAGGCUCUGGUCUCACAUCUGGGCCUGAACCAGCACAAAGUCAACCUGGUGUCCCACGACUACGGAGACACGGUCGCUCUGGAGCUGCUCUACAGGAGUGACCAGAACCGGAGCGGACGUCUGCAUUUAAACAGUCUGUGUCUGUCCAAUGGAGGAUUAUUCCCAGAGACACAUCAUCCUCGACUACUACAAAUCCUUCUCAAAGAUUAUCGUUUACUUUCUACUGUCCUGACACGACUCACAAACUACAUGGUCUUCCAGCGAGGGGUCGGUGAAGUGUUCGGUCCGUACACGCAGCCCACGGACGCGGAGUUCUGGGACAUGUGGACCGGUCUACGCUUCAACGACGGAAACUUGGUAUUAGACAGCCUCCUGCAGUACAUAAACCAGAGGCUGAAGCACAGGGAGCGGUGGGUGGGCGCUCUGUCUUCCACCUCGGUCCCGCUUCACAUAAUCUACGGACCCCUAGACCCGGUCAACCCUCACCCACAGUUCAUACGACUUUAUCAGAAGCUGGUCCCGAGAUCCACCAUCACCGUUUUGGAUGAACACAUAAGUCACUACCCUCAGCUGGAGGACCCCCAAGGUUUCCUCAACGCGUAUUUUAAUUUCAUUCACUCUUUCUGAAUAAAAAGUCAAAAUGUCACCGGGAUGUUUCAAAUGUGAGCCAAAGUUACCAAAAAUGUGUUGAAGACUUGUGAUUGUAGUGACGAAAUGCUGCAGCGAGCUACUGAACAAAAACGCUGAGUUUCAAGGGGCUGUGUUAUGCUUUAUUGUGUUUACGAAAUGGAUUUAAAGCUACACUGUAACUUUUCUGCCCAUAGACUCUUUGUUUGUAUAAAUGGACAUAGCGACCCUGUUUCUGUCUCCAUCAAUUCACUUUUUAUUGAAAAUUUAACUGGAGCCGCUCACUGAGUCCACUUCUUUACACAGUCUAUGGUUUAGGGCCUGCUUGUCGCCAUGGAGAUGUCACCGUUUUGCCUGGAAUGUCCCACAGUGUGGCAUUAAACUUAUGUAUCUUGCAUUUAUUCCAUUUUGUAUUGAUAAAGAGAUGCGUCGCAAACGGAGCGCGACGUUGCUUCUCCGUCCAACUUGGCCCGAUGAUCGCCUGCUUGUCUCCAUGGAUACGUUUAAUGCCAUACUGAGGAACAUCCCAAUAGCAUCUGAGUUAAAGCAGCGUUUUUGAGACAGAUGAUUGGCCAGCUUCCAAAAACUGGACCUUUCCUGUGUUUAUAUCCGAGGGGGCCCGUGUGUGGCUCCUUGUCCCGGGGCCUCCACGUUUCUGUCGACGGGCCUGAAUCAGACUUAUGUGGGUACAGUGGCUGAGUCCUGCCUCUUAUCAAGAUGGUCCUGGGUUCAAUUCUCCAUAGAUUUUCUGUGUAGUAGAUUCAGAAACGCAGCAACAGAAAAUACAAUUGUUUAAAAACCCAAAUUAAUUGUUUUGUUAUUGGCUGAUAAAACAAAUCUCGUCGCAUAAUAUUGCCCCUUCGUGAUUCAAUUUUGGGAUUUUGAUUCACUUCAAGGACAAAAAGCCCCGUUUCCAUAAACACAUGUAAAAAAAAAAGGAAAAAGAAAAAAAAAUUCAUUGUGUGUCUAGAUUUGAACUAUUUCGUUUAGACAAAAUAAAAAAUAGUUUUGUAUUU